CACAUGUGCUCCACGCGCCCCUUCCAUUCUUCCUCCCCUCGAUUCGCAGACCUCCCUUCUCCUCGCAUGGCGUCCUCCGCCCCCUUUCUUACCACCCGGCCCCUUCUCGACCGAUCCAGCCGCAAUACCCCUCUAGCUAUAGGGUUAGGGUUCCCCAACCGAACCCUACGUCGCCGCCCCUCCUCAUUACCUAUCCGCCUUCGAGCUGACGCCUCCUCUGGGGCUGGAACCAUCGAGACAUCCCAAGAUUCAUCUGCUGAUGCGAUCAAGAGAUUUCUCAAGCGCGAAUACAAGUAUGGCUUCUCCUCCGACUUUGAGUCCACCUCAAUACCCAAAGGCCUCUCCGAAGAUACCGUCCGCUCCAUCUCGGCUCGUAAAGGUGAACCGGAUUGGAUGCUUCGGUUUCGCCUCGACGCCCUCCGACGAUUCUUCUCCAUGGUCGAACCUCGUUGGUCUGAUAACGUUUACCCCCCAAUUGACUUCCAGUCCAUCUGCUAUUUCUCAGAACCGAUGCUUAAGCCCAAACUGAAUAGCCUUGAUGAGGUCGAUCCUAAACUCAUUGAGACUUUCGAGCGCCUCGGCGUCCCCCUCAAUGAGCAGAAGCGCCUCGCAAAUGUUGCAGUAGAUGCCGUCAUCGACUCCACUUCAAUUGCCACAACGCACAGGGAAACCCUAGCGAAGGCUGGAGUUAUCUUCUGCUCCAUCGCUGAGGCGAUCAGGGAGUACCCGGAUCUUGUUCGGCGAUAUCUUGGGAAGGUCGUGCCGAUGGGCGAUAACUUCUACGCGGCCCUCAAUUCUGCUGUUUUCAGUGAUGGGUCCUUCUGUUAUAUACCUAAAGAUACAGUUUCUCCCAUGGAGAUUUCGACUUAUUUCCGGAUUAAUGAUAGGGAUACAGGCCAGUUUGAGCGGACACUGAUAAUUGCUGAUGAGAGGAGCUAUGUGAGCUAUCUUGAAGGCUGCACGGCUCCCUCCUAUGAUAAGAACCAGCUUCAUGCUGCAGUAGUGGAGCUCUACUGUGCUGAAGGGGCAGAGAUUAAGUAUUCCACAGUACAGAAUUGGUAUGCUGGAAAUGAAGAGGGUAUUGGAGGGAUUUACAAUUUUGUGACAAAGAGGGGAAUUUGUGCUGGUAAUAAGUCAAAAAUAUCUUGGACACAGGUUGAGACAGGAUCGGCAAUCACAUGGAAGUAUCCGAGUGUGAUUCUGAAGGGGAAUGACACUGUGGGGGAGUUCUAUUCAGUUGCUCUAACAAAGGAUUAUCAGCAGGCUGACACUGGGACAAAGAUGAUUCAUAUUGGGAAAAAUUCAAAAAGUAGGAUUGUUUCAAAGGGAAUAUCUGCUGGAAAGUCAAGGAAUUGUUACAGGGGACUUGUGCAAGUUGGGCCAGGUGCUGAGAAUUCCCGAAAUUUCUCUCAGUGCGAUUCUAUGCUUAUUGGGGACACGGCAGCUGCCAACACAUAUCCCUACAUACAGGUAAAGAAUCCCUCUGCUCGUAUUGAGCAUGAGGCAAGCACUUCCAAGAUUGGCGAGGAUCAGCUAUUUUACUUUCAGCAGAGGGGAAUCGAUCAAGAGAAGGCUGUUGCAGUCAUGAUUGGUGGUUUCUGCAGGGACGUUUUUGAUAAGCUCCCAUUAGAAUUCGCCGCGGAGGUAAAUGCUCUUAUGAACCUUAAGUUAGAAGGGUCUGUUGGCUAAUCAGAGCUCACUUUCAAUAAUCUGCCAUGGUUAAUGUAAAGUCAUGCACUCUGCAAUAGGUUUUCAAUGUAAAUUAACACAUUUUAUUGUAACAAGAUGGAAUUAUAGCGAUAUCUAAUAAAGAAAAAUUUGUUUAAAGUAGUUA